AUGGCAUAUGAGGAUGGCUCCGGCUACAUUGACGGACCCGAUGAGGAAUGCGACGAACACGUCGAAGAAGACGUUGGCCAUGCCAACAACGAGUACGAGGAGCUGACCGUCGUCCAGGAGUGGUUGAGCAGACCAGGACCAGAUUGGGCUCAUGUUGUGGAUGUCAGUCGCGGGCUUUCUAAGCCAGAGCUGGGGAAGCUGCUCCACAGACAUCUCGAAGACGUGUGCGUGACAGGCUAUUUGUCUGUGAUGUCCUCCGCCGACGUGGGCGACAAGGUGGCGCGCGCUCACGUUGUUGUCCAGGACGGGCCUGAGUUCCUCAAGAAUCGCCACGUGCGCAUCUACACAAUGCCACAUCGUAAUCGUGCCAGGCAGGGCGAUAAGGUAUGGGUGAAGAUCCUGUGUUCUGAGGUCGAUUCUUGCGCGGACGAGGAUGGCGAACACUGGGACCCGUUGCGCUGUGCGUGCAUCUUCGGCACAGUUGUCCGAGCAUCGAGACGCCUUGAUCGCAACGAGUAUGUGUGCCGCAUGGCGCAGGUGCAGUGGCGGCGGGACCGCCAGAUAUUCUUGCCCUUCUCGCCAGAGAUACCCGCACUGUGGGCUGAAUGUGCCGCCGGGUCCGAGCAGGGAGAUUCAGAAGACCGGCAGCUCUACCGUCUCUACAAGCUGCGCAUUGUCGAUUGGCCAGUGGGAUCUCCACGACCUCAGGCAGAAGUCGUCCACUCGUGGGAGCAGCCGCGCGACCAAGCAUCGUGCCUAGAGUCGUACCUCGAGGACCUUGGCGACAUGUGGAAGUCGGCGCUCCCCCAGCCUACGGAGGCGCCUACCGACGCCUUCUCCAGCGGACGCAUGGACCUCCUGAAUCGCAACGUCUUCACCAUCGAUUGCGAUGGUGCACGGAUUCUCGAUGACGCAUUCGAUUUCAACCAGGCAGAGCAUACCGUCAGCGUGCACAUAGCCGACGUUGCAGCUAUCGUGGCCAGCAACUCCGAGGUGGAUUGCGCAGCAGCGGAGCGCGGCUGCGCCUUGCAUCUGCGCGACCACAGCGGUGAGCUGCGCUUCACCAGCCAGAUGCUGCCAGAUGGUAUCCUCGAAGCGGCCAGCCUCAGCCCAGACGGGGCGCGCAGGGCCAUCACUUUCGAGUUCCGAGUGGGCGGCGGGAGGAUCACGGAGAAGAGGUUCUUCCGCUCCUGGGUGCGCUCGAGGGCGCAGCUGAGCUUCCGCCAGGCCACCGAGGCGCUCCGAGGCGGCGACGCCGGCGUGCCGGUGGACGUGCCGUGGCUCCGAGACACCAUCAGGCGGCUGCACGACGUCACCGUGGCGCUCGAGGACGCGAGGGCCGCGGGGGACCCCGGCGUCCGCCUCCGCAGCACGGCCACCAAGGUGGGAGCCGACGACGAGCUCCCGGCUCAGAGGAUCGUCGAGUUCUGGAUGUCGCAGGUCAACGAGCUGGCCGGCGAGGAGCUCGGCCGAGCGGGGCGCGCGGGCUCGUGCGGCCUGGCGUUCCCGAUCCCCGACGGUGCGCACUUCUCCAGGCUCGCGGCGACGUGCAGGCAGGCGCUGCUGGACGGCGCCGGGCGCGACGCCGAGGGCGCGGGCGCCCUCGCCUCGGGCCUGCGCGCCUCCGCGGCGCGGUGCCGCGGCCACCUCGCAGAUGCCCUGUCCCACGUGAUGCGCCGCCGCGGCGGCUCGGGCCAGGGCGGGUGGGGUGGCGCGGCCGCGCGGGCGGGCCUCUCCAGGCAGCAGCGUGAGGCGGCAGGGGCGCUGCUCCCCAUGAUAUACGCGCACACCCCGGCGCCGUUGUACUGGGCCACCGCGCCAGGCCGGGCGUGGCCAGAGCAGUGGCCGAUCCUGCACGGAGAGCGGUACUUCCAGGUGACGUCACCAUUGCGACGAUGGGUUGAUUUGCUUGGGCAGCGCUUGCUGUUUGGCUGCCAGGCCACACUGGAGGGCUUGAGCGACAAGCUCGGCCACUACAACGAGAUGGCGCGGCUGUCCAGGAAAGCCAGGGUCGAGUACCAGAUGCUCUCGCUAUCCAUUUCUCUCUCACAAGCGGAACGCGUCUUUCCCUGCGUGAUUGGCAGCUUGAGUUCAUCCUCCGUGCAACUCAUGUUUCCUGCCGUGCCCGAGAUGCCCAGGCCGCUCACGAUACCGCUGGGCGUCCUGCAGAGCGAGUGCGUUGCUGUCCGACACGACCCCGACGCUGGCAGAGCUACGCUGACGAGGUUCCCAGGCGAAGACUCGGUGGACCUGGUGCCCUUCAGCACGGCCGUCCAGGUCCAGGUCGGGGUCAACCAGUCCGGCCCCGUCCUGCUGGGCAGGCUGGCGGCCGUGGCCCUGGAGGUGCCCCUGCCGGGCGGCCCGCUGCGGCAUGCCGUGCUGCCCCGCCAGUUCCCCGAGGUCUUCGGGCCUCCCCCGGAUCUGCGCCGCAUGCCGAGGGUGGGCGCCGAUGCCGCCGAGUGGACCCGGGUGUGGCACCUGGCGAGGGCGGCGCAAGUCUGCGCGGGGGCCCUCGUGCCGCGGGAGCGGCACGCCGGCGGAUCCCCGCCCUAUUUUCACAGCAUGACGUGCGACGCGGAGGCCGUGUCGUGGGCUCGCCGAGGAGACGCCGAGACGAUGCACGCCACGGUGCUGGGAACUUACCGCGGCCUGGCGGGGCUCGUCAGACUCCGCGAGGGGCACCUCGCCAUAGCACAGGUCCGCGGCUCCCAGGACAGGCGCUGGACGGGCUACGGCCGCAUCACGGACGUGGAGGAGAGAGAGGAGCUGCGGAGGAGGACGCAGCUGUGCGAGUGGGUCCUCCGGGGGCAGCCCUGCCGGCGGCCCCCCGGCGACUGCUGGUUCGCGCACGGGGACGCCGAGCUGGCGCCGCGGCGCGUGCGGGUGAUCGUGGAGCUCGGCGCCAGCUCCUCCGCGGCGAUGCCCCGCUGGGCGAGCCGGAACGGCGCCCGGGUGGAGCUGGAGCUCGUGCGGGUGACGGAGCACGAGCGGCAGAGCCUGGACGACCUCGCGCGGCGGGUGCACGGCGCGCUGACGAGGCAGGUGCCCGCCCUCGUGCAGGGGCUGCUCUUCCCCCGCCAGGCCCGGGCCGUGCGGCAAGGGCCGCGGCGCGAGGGCGACGCGCCGCCCGACGGCCCGCCCCGCGGGGCGCGGGGGGGCCGCCCGCCGUACGCGGAGGGGCUGCCGGCCCUCAACGACUUCCAGGAGCGCGCCAGGGCCAUGGCGCUGCGCGAGCCGCUGUGCUACGUGCAGGGGCCCCCCGGCACGGGCAAGAGCACCACGGCCGCCCACCUGAUCUGCAGCCUCAUGGAGGAGGGCCCGGCCGCGUGGCCGGCGAGGGCCGGCGCCCGGCUCCUGGUGUGCGCCCCGUCCAACAAGGCGUGCGACAGGCUGCUCCAGCUGGUGUCCGGCUCGGAGCUGCCUUCCCAGAAGAGGCUGGUGCGCAUCUACGCGCACUCCAUCGAGAGGAUGUACUGGCCCGAUCCGACGGCAGGGGAAUUCGAGCAGCGCGACUUCAGCAUCAGCCCAGAGCUUGAGCGCUUCGCUCUGCACAACCUCGUCCAGCAGGGCCAUCGCGAGCUCUACCGCGACUUCGAGCAGGUCAACCGCGAUCUGAAGGGCGUGGACGGCGAUCUCAAAAGGCCGCAGCUCCCCAGCAAGCUGCGGGAGCUGGACGAUAAGCUGCAGCAGCUGAAGGAUACAAAGAUGACGGCCAUGAGGGAGCUGGCGGCGUCCGCAGACGUAGUGUUCUCGAAGGAGAAAGACGGCACAAAGAUAAACUUCCGGGCGGUGUUUGCGGCGCUGGUGAUCGACGAGGCCGCGCAGGCGGGUGAGGCGGACCUGGCCGUGUGCUGCCUCUCCGCCGAGCAGAAGAUCGUCUUGUUCGGGGACCACAACCAGCUCGGGCCAGUGAUCACAGAGGUCAGCAUUUUCCCGACGUUUCGCAGCCUCGCCUCGACGUCGCUGUUCGAGAGGCUCGUGGGGCGGCGUCGUGGCGCCGGGGGGCGGGACGCGACGCGGGCUGGUGGCCAGCGCGGGGUUAUACCCCACGUUACCCUGCUCAGGCAGUACCGCAUGCACCCGAGCAUCAGCGCUUUCCCGAACGGUGAGUUCUACGACGGGAAGCUGGUGGACGCGCCCGAGACAGUCCGGCGCCGUGGUCACCACUUCUCUUCAAGCCCAGACUCCCGCCUCGCAGUUGUGGACAAUCAGACGCCGCAUGGCAGUCUGGAGUUGACGCAUGAUGCCCAGGGCCAAUUCGAGCUGGACAUGAGCCUCUGCAACGAGGGCGAGGCCGAGCUGGCUGGGGACAUAAUCCACUGGCUGCUGGGACGAGGGGUGCAGCCGAGAGACAUCGCCGUAGUGACGCCAUACCGCGCCCAGGCGCUUCUUGUUAAGAACAAGCUGCUGGCCACGGUGGGUGAUGGCCCAAUCGCCGUAGGGACUGUCCACCUUCUGCAGGGCGAGGAGAGGGACUACGUAGUCCUGAGCCUGGUGAGAAGCCACGCCCGAGCGGAGAUCGGCAUCUUCGACCCCGUGCCCGCGCGCCUCCUGCACGGGAGGAGGCGCCCCCCCUGCGUGGGCUUCCUCGCGGACAGGCGCAUGGCGAACGUGGCGCUCACGCGCGCGCGGCGGGGGCUGUUCGUCCUGGGCAACGUCCAGGUCCUGGCCAGCGUGGGCCACUGGCAGCGCCUCUUCCGGCACGCCCGCGCCGCCGGCGCCGCCUACACCGCCGCCGGCGCGAGGGCGGAGCUGCAGCGGCCGCCGAGCGACGGGCCCGACCCCGACGGGGGCUCGGACGCGUCGGGCGGCGGCGCGCGGGGGGGCGGCGCCGCCAGCGGGUCCGAGGACCUGGGCGACUCCAGCAGCGACGGCUCCGACGGGCAGGGCGCGGAGUCCGGGCCGGACGCCUUCGCCGACGCCGUGCCGAGCUCGGAGGGCGAGGGGCCCGCGCCCGCCGCGGCGGGCGCGGCGGGCGAGGGGCCCGCCCCGGCGAGGCGCCCCGGCGAGGCGGCCGCGGCGGAGGCGGACGAGGAUGCCCUGCUGGAGGCUGCGGCGGCCGCCGCGGCUGCGGAGCAGCCCGGCGCCCCGGCCGACGCGGCCCCGACGCGCCCCCAGGCACAAGCUCUCUGCGGCAUCGACGGCUGCCAGUCGAGGGUGCGGGCUUCGGGCAGCGGUGCCGCGAGCGGCUUGUGCACCGCCCACUGGAAGGACGUGGUGAGAGAGGUCAACAUGAUUCAAGAAGAGGUCGGUCGGCUGCAGCGGGAGCGUCCGGGCUUGCCGCCCGGCGGCAACGCCAUGCAGUUCUUCGCGGGCCCUUGGUACUGGGACAUGCAGCCCCCGCAUCCGCACCUCCAGAUGGGGCUGCGCGCCCGCGGCUUCUUCUCGGCCGUGGCCAGGAGCCUCGUGAGCAGAGGCCACAGCGCCGACGCCACGGCCCUGGUGGCUGCCUUCUCCGCGCUCUCGGCCAUGGCCUUCCACCGGCGGCUCGGCUUGCGGGACUUCCCGCGCGCUGCUGACGACCGCAGGGACGAGCCAGAUGCUGCCCUGCUCUUCGGACCGCUGCUCGCCGCGCUCGCGCUGGCGGACGCCGGAGUGAGGCCGCCCCCGGAGCUCGCCCCUCGCUGGGAGCUGCUGGAGGCCGCCUCCGCGCCCCUGCCGCGGGGCGCGGCGGCCCGUGCUGCGGCGAGCAGCGGCGGCGGCGGCCCGGCCGACUUCGAGGCCUCGUUCGGGGAGGACAGCUGCGCGGCGGCCGCGUUCUGGAAGGCGGAGGGCAACCGUGCACUCCGCGAUGGAGAUGCAGAUGCUGCCAUCGCUCAUUACAGGAGCGGCCGGAGCCUCGUGCUGAAGGUAAUGACGCCCCAGGCUCGUCAGUUGCUGGCGGACUUGAACAAUAACGACGCUGCAGCAUGCUUGCGGCAGGAUCGACUCGAAGAGGCGGUUCAAGCUGCUUCGGAGGCGCUCUCGGUGAUGCCUGACGGGAGCAAUUGCGCAAAGGCGAAAGCAUUGUUCAGGCGAGGGUGCGCCUCAAUGAUGCUUUCGCCACCUGGGCACAACGAUCAUGAAGCAGCAGGGGUGGACUUGAGAGAGGCUCUGGAACUGAUGCCGGCUGACGAGGGCAUUCGUGAAAAAUUUCACGAGUGGAGGGUGCAGCGAGAUCGCGCGGCGGCACGGCAGUAA